GGGCUUAUCGGCCGUUUCCGUGGCGGCGGCCAGCGGGGCCUGCUGCCACGGACUGCCGGCGGGGCUGCAGCGGCGGCGGGUACGGCACCGCGGCAGUGGAGGAGGGCCUGAGGGGCAGAAGGGAUCCCUAAGGGGGCCUUGAGGAGGCUCUGCGGGCCAGGAGUGGGCACGGAGGGGCUCCAGGCACCGGGAGUGCCACACGGAGAUGACUGUGGCCUCGUGCUGGAGAUGCUGCUCACCUCAAUCCACGCUGCUGUAGUCGACGGCCCAUAGCAUCACCAACAGCCGCUCUCAUCAGCGGAGCAUCUCAGGCAGCUGAACUGAGGAGGGAACAAGAAACCCAGAAGUGGUUUUCAACAGCUCCCUAAGAGGGAGUUACAGUAGGAGGAGAAGCCCGGUGUGGGGCUGUAUCUCCCUGCAGGUAGCAACCGGGUUGGAGCCUCUCACCUCUGCAGCCCCUUGAUGUGGCCACGAAAAAGCUGCAGUCAAAGCCACCUGGGCCUACCAGGAGCUGCAGGAGCCAAGCCUGUCUGUUCCCAGCUCUGGCUGAGGUGGAGCAGGGCGGCCGCGCAAGCGUGAAUGCAGCCUGUGGGGACGCGAGCCUCCGAGCCAGCUCCCGGAGAGGUCAGUGCGCCCCAAGAACAGCCAUGGAGAAAAUGGCCAGGGUCACCACCGCCCUGGGGGGCAACACCCUCACGGGACGGACCAUGUUCUGCCACCUGGAUGCCCCUGCCAAUGCCAUCAGCGUGUGCCGCGAUGCUGCCCAGGUAGUGGUGGCCGGCCGCAACAUCUUCAAAAUCUACUCCAUCGAGGAGGACCAGUUUGUGGAGAAGCUGAAUCUCCGUGUUGGCCGCAAACCCUCCUUGAACUUCAGCUGUGCGGACGUGGUGUGGCACCAGAUGGAUGAGAACCUGUUGGCCACCGCCGCCACCAACGGCGUGGUCGUCACCUGGAACCUGGGCAAGCCGUCUCGCAACAAGCAAGACCAGCUCUUCACUGAGCACAAACGCACUGUAAACAAGGUCUGCUUCCACCCCACCGAGGUCUACAUGCUCCUCAGCGGCUCCCAGGAUGGCUACAUGAAGUGCUUUGACCUGCGCAAGAAGGACUCUGUCAGCACCUUCUCUGGCCAGUCGGAGAGCGUGCGUGAUGUUCAGUUCAGCAUCCGGGAUUACUUCACCUUCGCUGCCACCUUUGAAAAUGGGAACGUGCAGCUGUGGGACAUCCGCCGGCCGGACCGCUACGAGAGGAUGUUCACAGCCCACAAUGGGCCUGUCUUCUGCUGUGACUGGCACCCAGAGGACAGGGGCUGGCUGGCAACAGGCGGCCGGGAUAAGAUGGUGAAGGUGUGGGACAUGAACACCACACGGGCGAAGGAGAUAUACUGCGUGCAGACCAUCGCCUCGGUGGCCCGGGUGAAGUGGCGACCGGAGUGCAAGCACCACAUUGCUACCUGCUCCAUGAUGGUGGACCACAACAUCUAUGUAUGGGACGUGCGGCGUCCCUUCAUCCCCUCUGCCAUGUUCGAGGAGCACAAGGACGUCACCACAGGCAUCGUGUGGCGUCACCUCCAUGACCCCUAUUUCCUUCUGUCGGGUUCCAAGGACAGCACCCUCUACCAGCACAUCUUCAAGGACGCCAGCCAGCCCAUUGACCGGGCCAACCCCGAGGGACUGUGCUACAGCCUCUACGGAGACCUGGCCUUUGCUGCCAAGGAGAGCCUCAUCUCCUCCGAUUCCAACCGCAAACCCUACAUUGGAGACCGGCGUCACCCCAUCUUUUUCAAGCGCAAGCUAGACCCCACAGAGCAGUUUGAGUACAUCUCCUCCUCCAGCGCCCUCAGCGUCUUUGAGACGGACGUGGAGAGUGGCAGCAUGGACUGGUUUGUGCACACUGCCAAGCAGUACGCGCUGGCCGGCAGGCCCCUGGCUGAGCUCUGUGACCACAACGCCAAGGUGGCCAAGGGCUUGGACCGCAACCAGGUGGCUCAAACAUGGACGAUGCUGCGAAUUAUCUAUUCCAGCCUUGGCAUUGUGUCAUCCAGCAACCUGAACCACAGCCUGGGGAAAGGCAGCACCGCCCUCCCGCUCAUGAACAGCUUUAACCUGAAGGACAUUCCCUCUGGGCUGGGUAGUGAGUCGAGACUGGACCGCAGCAAAGGAGAAAGUCGCUCAGAAAACAUCCUCAUGGAUUCCUCCUCCACCCUGAUCAACAACGAGGACAAUGAAGAGACAGAAGGCAGCGAUGUCCCUGCUGACUAUCUGCUGGGAGAUGUGGAAGCGGAUGAAGAUGACCUGUAUAUGAUGGACCACGAGAACCCACACACUGAGGAGCAGGAAUACAGCCUUCCCCAAGAAGCCUUCCCCCUGCGCCAUGAAAUCGUGGACAACCCAUCAGCCUUGGACCACCUGCAGGACAAGGCUGACUCCCCUCACGUCAGCGGCAAUGAGGCUGAGACAGUGUCACUGACGCCUGUGGAGUCCUUUUCCCUCAUCUCCAUCUCCCACUCGCUGUACGAGAACCGCCUGCCCUCUGACUUCUUCAAUCCUAUCGUGCGGGACACGUUGCUCUUCUACGCUGAACAAGGGGAUGUGCAGACAGCCGUGUCUGUCCUCAUCGUGCUGGGAGACCGCAUCCGCAAGGAGAUUGAUGAGCAGACCCAGGAACACUGGUAUACAUCCUACAUUGACCUGCUGCAGCGCUUCCAGCUCUGGAACAUCUCCAACGAGGUGAUCAAGCUGAGCACAUGCCGAGCCAUCAACUGCCUGAACCAGGCCUCCACCACUCUCCAUGUCAACUGCAGCAACUGCAAGCGGCCCAUGAGCAACAGGGGCUGGAUCUGUGACAGGUGUCGGCAGUGUGCCAGCAUGUGUGCUGUUUGUCACCACGUGGUGAAGGGUCUCUUCGUCUGGUGCCAAGGCUGCAGCCACGGUGGCCACCUCCAGCACAUCAUGAAGUGGCUGGAGACCAGUUCCCACUGCCCCGCUGGCUGCGGCCACCUCUGCGAGUACACCUGAGCCCCUUGCCGGCCAGGGCAGACGGGCAGCCCCCUGCCCGCAGCUCCCUCCUCUAUUUAUUGUUAUGUAAAUAGGGGCUGUGUGUGCCCCCACUCCCAGCCCCUAGCCCAGCGUUUUUUGUACUGGAUUAAAACACAAUGGAGCAGCUGAA